AUGGGUGAUAUCGGUGAACCGAUCGUGUUCGAAGUAGCGUGCAAUCGAGGGUUCAACAAGAUACAGCAACGCAGCGAAGUGUUCACACACGUACACGAAAUUCUCGAGGAACGCGAAGAGGUUGCCAUCGACACCGUGCUCAGCAUACCGGUGAAGAACGUUCUGCACGUGCUGGUGUGCACCAAUGUGGACAAAUUUACGCAACGGUCCGCACUGAAAUUCAACUUCUACGUCUUGCACGAUGGCGCCGCGGAAGAGGAAACGAUUGAUCACGGUGGGGAAGCGGUCGAAAUAGCCCAGCACUGGUUGCUGCCUUCACGGGAACUCCACGGCCUCUGGGAGAGUCUCAUCUACGAGGAGGAAAUCAAGGAGGGUAUGCUGUCUUUCGCCGAAACGUCGAUGCUGUUUGCCCGCAAAUCCGUCAGCAACAAGCUGGUCGCCUGCAACCGCUUGGCCCUGUUCCAUGGGCCACCUGGCACCGGCAAAACGAGCCUGUGCAAAGCGAUCGCCCAAAAGCUGUCGAUCCGACUGAACGAGCAUUAUAAGCAUUUCCAUUUGUUCGAGAUCAAUAGCCACAGUUUGUUCUCCCGGUGGUUCUCCGAGAGUGGCAAGUUGGUGCAGAAAGUUUUCUCGCAAGUUACCGAACUGCUUCAGGACCGCAGUUCGUUGGUGUGCCUUCUGAUGGACGAGAUUGAAUCGAUCGCUUACGCACGGGACAAAAUAUCGUCCAACGAACCGACCGAUAGUAUACGGGUCGUGAACGCUGUCCUGACGCAGCUCGAUCGCGUUCGGCUGUUUCCGAACGUUUUCGUACUGGCCACCUCCAAUCUGACGGACAGUAUUGAUGGCGCGUUUCUGGAUCGUGCCGACUUCGUCCAGUACAUCGGAUACCCGUCGACGCACGGUAUCUACGAAAUUUAUCGGAUGGCUUUGGAGGAACUCAUUGCGGCCGAGAUCAUCAAAGACGAAGAGCAGAAGCAGAAGAAAAAGCCGUGCAUACCACCGUACACCGCCGCCACGAAUCUUGGGCGUGCACCGUGCGCCAUGCUCGAUAUGUUAGUGAGGGUUUCCAUGUUGUCCCAGGGCCUAAGUGGGCGUACUUUGCGCAAAAUUCCCUUCCUAGCGCACGCUUUGUACGUCAAGAAAGAGUCGGACACUUUGUUGAAUUUUCUCGUCGCGAUGCGACAAGCCGUGGGCAAGGUUCGGUCGGACAAAGAUCUGCUCGGCAAGGAUAGGACGGCUUCAGAAAAAAGCACAAACGGUUCCCAUUCGGCCGUUGAUCUGUAG